GCAUAUUCCUAUGUUUUAUUUAUGUUCUUAUUGAAAAAUCUAUAGUUUUAUGAGAUUAGUAAAUCAUUCAAUUUAAUAUUGUAUUAUGUUUCACAGAAAUAAUUUUAUUUAAAAACAGCCUAAUUUUUUUUCCAGGUUCCUUGGAACUUGGAUUGUUAUUUUGGACUCCAAGGCAUCAUAAUUAUAUUUUCCUUCUGUCCAUUUUGUAAAUGAUAAUUUUUCUCUUUGUUAGUUAUAAUUUAGAUGUGGAUAUUUAUUUAUUACAUAAAUUGUAAUUUUACUUGGUUUCAGUGUUUUUUUUUUUUUUAAAUGGUAGUUCAUUUAUUUUCCAUUUAUUAUUUCAAUUUAAUGCAAACUUAGCCCAUUUUUACCUUUAAUGCUCUGUUUUUUUGUGAACCAUGACAUUGACUUUGUUUGAUGCUAGCGAUGAAGGGAGGUGGAAUCCCGAGCCAGCCGUUCUGAGAUCACGGUGGGCCAGUGCUGGGUGGUCCUAGGACGUGGGCCCCGUCGACUGCUUCCCCAACGUCCUGCGAUUGUGUUGUUGCUAACGACCUUGCUGUCAAUCUGCAGUUAAGACCUAGAGCAAACACACUUACAGAGCAAUUGAUUAAUUAGAAAUUGUUAUUUUACACAUCUCAGCCAAAUGUAGGGAGUGCCUAAACUUUGCGCAGGUUAGAAUAUCAGUGAAUCUUUAGGUAGGAAAAUUUCAAUUUCUGGUUGUUUAAAGCAAUAACAUCUUCACCAUAAACAUGUGCAAUUUUUAUUUUUAAAUUUGAUUUUGGUUGUAUCAAAUAUUUUGCUGUUGAAUUCAUUUGUCUCUGUCAUUAAUUUUUUUUGAUCAGAGAUUAGUGAUUACUUAAAUUAUAUUGUUACGACCUAUGUGGGGAGAACUUGGUUCAUAAGAGAUAGCCUAAUAAAAUUUUAUUACAGUUUUAUUAAUUACUAAUAUUUACAUUAAUAAUAAGUAACUGUACUUAAAAUUGUCCGAUCACAAAUCACUGGCACUUAAAAAUGUUUAUUCGCAAGUCAUUCAAUGUCUGUCAAGUUCCGCAGUUCGCACUCCUCAUUGGAGCUAGGGUCGGUGGUUCGCCCUUUACCUCGCGCCUGUCCACACACACAGUCCUCGCGUCACUCAGUCGCACUCUCUCGAUCCCGUCGCUACACGUUUUGCCACUCUCGAAGGGAUCUCUCACCCUCUUCGUCGAUGCCGCACUUCCGUUCACUCUCCAAACUCUCCGGACUCACUCAGAACUGUCGCAGCAUUCGCGAAUCUCUCGCUGCACUUUCAGGGAGGCCGGCGUCGCUGCUUAAGUACUAGUGGGUUGUCUUUCCAGAACCGACGAGAGCGGCUGUGAUGAGUCGCAUCAUCCCGGGCCGACCCGACGCCCGAACAGUCCAGAAGGGCGGCGUCCAUUCGCGCCACUCCGCACGGCGGCCCGUGGAAUUCCCAAGGCCGCUCAGUGGUAGAUAACAGCGCCGAGGCAGGAUGAUGCGUGGGUAGCGCUGGAUAGAGAGGGGUAGCGACGACCCUUGUAAUUUGGCCAGGCAAGUGUUGCAUGCCUUACGUCAGUGGACCGCAUGUGACACGAGCUUCGGUAGAUGGGUUUACCUAAACCAACAAAUUUUACAAUUAUUGAGUAUGAAUAAAUGCAUAGAAAAUAUUACUAAAGUUAAGUUUGUUGGAAAAUGAUUAUAGCUAAAUCUGAUAUGUAAACUUGUUACAUACUUUAGUUUUUUUUAACAUUUACACAAUAAUUCCAUGUAAGUACUGUGUAAACCUAGGAAAUUCCUUAUCAGCUUUGCAAUAUUAUCCUGGUAUGUAAAAUGUUAAGAGCUACCAAUUGUGAAAUUAAAUAUUUUUGGAUGAUUAAUGAGUUUUAUUUUAGAAUAGAGAUAAUUUUUGUGCAGUGAUUAUUUUUAACAUGUCUGAAUUUGUUUUGACUAUUUACAUUAGUAGUUCUUUCCUUAUUUCUUGUACGAAAAGUCUGAUAUCAUCAAAAAAAAUGUAAUUUUUCUUUAAAAUUUAACAUUUGAAUUUAUUUAUGAUUGUUCAGAUUCGAUACUGCCACAAUUUUUAUUUGUACUGCAAAUAAAUUAAAUCAGACUGUUUCUAAACCUAAAGCAUAAAAAAAAAAAGGUAGAACAGAAGUGUUUGUUCUGCAGUCUCAUAUUUAACUGUUUACUGUAGUUUGAGUCAGUGUUUUCUAUGCCAUGGGCAUGUUUGGUUGUCAUCUGAGUAACUAUGCCUAAAGGUAUUCCACAAGGGUGCGUUAUGUGGCUUUUGUCGAGGGCAGCUGGGCAACAGAUUAUGUGUUUUUGUUGGGAAACAGCUGCAAGAGGAACCGUCAACUUCACACCGCUGCUGGUGACGGUGUCAAGCCUUGGGCCUACUAUUGGUAGAGCUGGCCACUCCCGUGGCUACGCAACGCAGGAGUUGAGCCGGCCCGCAAGUCUCGAACACGGUGAGACCGGUGUUGAGAUGACAACAGCUCUGUCGAGCUGCCUGUCAGUUGGGAGACAGAUUGGAGGAAAACUGCAAUAAGGCAUCCCACGCACAGCCCUGGCUUGGUAGAGAGGAAAGGCUCUACUACGCAUGGUUUUGUCAUCCCGACUAAUGUGUGUUGAUUACAUACGCUAUCAUCAGAUGGCGGUGACCUAGGACCCAGAAAGAGACAGGGUCUUGUGCUAGCCAAAGCAUCUCGUCACUCCUGGUCUCCCUUCGACUAUGCUGUGGCAGCGUGCGUAAUGUUUGGGUAUCCACACAACUGAGAAGAAAGAUCCAACUGAGUUUACAUUGAAAUUUUGUAGAUUUAAGUAUAUGUACUUUAUUUCUGUUGAAUUCAGUUGUAUUACAUUAAAGUUCAAUAAACAUUUUAUAAGUGGGUUUGAUUUAUUUUGUCUCAGGAUUUAUUUGUUGUAAGUUUACAAACCUAAAAGUGUAAGCGUAUUAUUCAAUUUAUUCAUGACAGUUUGUGUUAUUUUUUCUGAAAUAUUUUUGUUAGAUUUAAUGUUUGUUAUUUAUAUAACUCAUUAAACAGAGUUUUGUACAGUAGAUCAAAUAGUUUGGCUGGUUUUUUAGGAUCUCUAGAUUUUUAAUAUUGAGUGUUUUUACAAUCAUUAAAAAAUCUGCAUGAAAAAAUUAAUAACACUCCAAUAUGAUUUUCACUUUGAAAAAAUUUUGUGCUGCCCAUACUUCUCUGCAACAUUAUAAUUAAUUAGAAGCUCUCCAAACCAACAAACAAUAUUAAUAAUAAUAUCUAUAAAUGAGCAUGUACCCAAGAUAUAAUAAAAUGCUUUUUGAGGGUGUAAUUUUUCUGGUUAAAAAUAUUUAUACAUCUAUUAUUAUUAUUCCAAGAAUUUUUUUAAUGCUUGCUCAAUGUCAGCAUAUAUGCCGACACCCACUUUAAUUUUUAAUCCUGCCACUAUUUUAUGAUUUUAAUUUUAGCAUUCAGUUAACUAUUACCAAGUGUUUACUCAUUGAUUUCAAUAUGUGUUAUUUAUUGAAAUUUCUGUUCACAGUUAAAUUUGUGUUAGUUAUAUUAUUGAGUGAUUUUUAGCUUGUACUGAAAAGCAAUGGUAUAAACCCAAAUUUUUGUGCUUUCGUUAUAAUACAGGAUUAAGUGUUUAACUUUAAAAAAUAAUUAACUUGGUAGAGAUAAAAAAAUACGCUGUAACGUACGUACGUGUAUAUAUAUGUGUAUGUGUGUGUGUAUGUAUGUGUGUUUGUGUGUAUGUAUGUGUAUAUAUAUAUAUAUAUAUAUAUAUAUAAAUAUAUAUAUAAAUAAAUAUAUAUAUAAAUAAAUAUAUAUAUAUAUAUAUAAAUAUAAAUAAAUAAAUAAUGUUCAUGUUCACUUUUCGACAGAAAGGGGGGUUGAAAGCACCUUCGCUCCUGUCAAUGAUGUUAGCUGGAACAAUACAGUUGCCUUUGCUUUUUUACAGUUAAUUUGGAAAGAGAUGGUGUCCUCCUCCAAGCCGUCAUUGUGGCACGUCGUCCAUGGAAAACACUGGACAUGGAAAAGUUAUGGCUGGAACGCAAGCAGUACUUGGUGGCUGCAUUUUCAUGCCACUGAGCAUCAGAAGCACUAUUGGUAGAGAUGUCUUCACUGCGGUUGGCUGGGACGAUGCUCCGGCAGAAUUAUCGUCGGAUAAGCUGGUUUAUACCUCCUAGCAGUAAGGCAGGUAUUGAGGUGAUGGAUACCGUUGGGGAAUUGCUGUGCAAUUCUACCGGACGAUAUGCUGGCUUAAAAAGGCAAGACUCGAAGAAAUUCAAGAUGAUCCUCUUUGAUUUGGGAACAGAGAAUAAACUACAGCCUAUGUAAAGUACUAACAACCUCACAGUUUUUUUUUGUUGUUGUUAGGUCUUUUAGUGAUGACCUUUUGCUGCAUGUGUAGUAUUUUCGAAUCUUGUUGAAAUACUCUAUGUUUUCAAUGGCAGCACUGAAGUGACUGUUGCCCCGAGACUAAAGAUGCACACUUGCCCUUAAUUGUGCAAGCAUUGGGUGUCUUAGUACCGGAACUACAUUAUGCUGACUUUGAAGUGUUCUGCUAAAAUGCUCGGUAGUUAGAUGAGUGAACUUAUAGUGGUCCGCCUGUGUCACCAGAUGGCAGUGGUCCCAAGACGUGGUCCAGCGAGGACAUGGAGCUGGCACUGGACUCCCUGCGCCACCACAAGAUGUCUCUGUCCGAGGCCUGCACCACGUACGGCAUCCCCGCGACCACUCUGUGGCAGCGAGCGCACCGCUCGGGCAUCCACACUUCCAGGAAGGAAGGCUGGAAUAAGAACUGGUCGGAGGAGGACAUGAAGAGCGCUCUCGAGGCCUUGCGGACGGGCUCCAUGUCCGUCAAGAAGGCCAGCAAGACGUAUGGCAUCCCGAGCGGUCGACUGUAUAAGAUCGCCCACGAGGAAGGGAUACGCCUGGCAGCGUCCUUCUGCACGGCGCCCACGGCCUGGACCUCGGACGACCUGGAGCGCGCCCUGGAGGCCAUCCGCACGGACAGGACCUCCGUGCAGCGCGCGUCCACGGAGUUCGGCAUCCCCCUGGGCACGCUGUACGGGCGGUGCCGGCGCGAGGGCAUCGAGCUGUCCCGCGGCAACCCCACGCCCUGGUCGGAGGACGCGAUGGCCGUGGCGCUGGAGGCGGUGAGCUCGGGCGAGAUGAGCGUGCGCCUGGCCGCGCAGAUGUUCAACGUGCCGUACUCGUCGCUGUACGGGCGCUUCAAGCGCUCCAAGCAGGAGCUGCGAGGGGACGACGCGGGCCGGUUCUCCCCCCCGGCCUCGCCCCCGCCCCAGCCUUCCUAGCACCGCGCAUGAUCGGCGUCUGGUGUUCGCGGCGGACAGAAACAAUAAUUUUAGCAAUUUACUAAAUUUUUUAUGUUAACCCUGCACAUAUUAUGUAAAAACAUUUUAUGGCGCGUGUGAGAAUUCCCACCUUUUUUUUUUUAAAAAUCUUAUCAUAGUUAUUAAUGUCACCAAACACUGUAAAAUGCCUGUAAACAUGGGCUGGAAAAUUUACCAGUUUUGAGCGAGUACUUAGCUAGCAAAUGCAGUACAAGCACAUGAAAUAAGCCGGGAUAUACAUAUCGCACCAAAACGGUGUGGUUUAACCUUAAACGUCUUGCAUGUUGCAUUUAAACCAACACACAGUAGGGAGAGAAGCCAGUAGACGGGAGUGGUAGUGAUGGGGGAUUUGGUUUUUUUCUUCAAAAUUCGGGUUAUAUACAUACAGCUAACUAUCCCUGGAAUUUAACAAUAUGUUUUCCUUUGUAACUACUGGCCUUAAGAAUUUAGUAGGUAACAUUGUGUUUGUACACUAUUGCUUUGUAAUUUAAUCGGCAACUCCAGAAAUUAGGUAUUGUAAUAUAAUUGAUUAUGGUUUGAAAUUAAAUGAAUGUUAUAUAUACACUGUACAAUGUGUGCACAUGUAUAAAACAAGCACACAAUGCCAUUAGGUGUAAGCAUUUUUUUUAUAACAUAAUUUUUUAAAUCAAUGAAUUUACUGUAUGAUCUCAAAUAGUUUUUAUCACCACUUAAAAAUUAAAUUGCUCUGAUGAAAAAUGACAGCUUCUGGUAAUUAAUUUAACUUCAGUGACAUUCUGUGGAAAGACAUGAACAGUUUGCCCAUUUUUCAGAUGAGUUUCUCACUUACACAUGAUGAUAGGGUCUAACAACAUUUACCUAGCUGCAACACUUAUUUGCUAUCUUUAUUGAUCAUCUUCUUCACUUUAAUCAAUAUCUAUUCUGGAUACAAUAUUCUUGUUGUGGCUAUCCAACAAUUCUAUGAACAUGGACACACUGUGUGGUCUGAAAUAAGAAUAAUUAUUAUUUUUUUAAUAAUAUAGUCAUAUCUAAAAUCUUAUGUGAAUAAUUUAUAAUUCUGCUAUUAAACAUCUGACUUUCAGUUCUGAAAAAGUAAGCAGCAUGGUCAUGAGUUACCUGUUAUAAAUGUAUGGGUGGUGAUAGGUUUUAUAUUGAUAAUAAAUAUAAGUUUAUUAAAAUGUUA